CACCUCUGCCAAUUGCCAUCGCCAGGGAGCCACCCACAAUCACCACAUCGGGCUCCCACACAACCACCGCAAUGGGCUCCCGCGCACUCACCACAACGGGCCCCCGCGCCCUCGCCGCGCUGCUGCGCCCGCGCACCCACACACGCAUCCUCCUCGCGCCCACCCACCGCGCCCUAUCCAACACCCCCAGCGCGCCCGCCGACGCCCGCACCCCCCCAACCCGCGCCCCCCAGCCCUCCAAAACAGCAACCCAGACCAUCGACGACCUGUUCGCGCCAGAGCCCACCAGCACCAACACGCCCGCCGCCGCCACGCCCCCCCGCGUCUUCGGCUCGACCUUCAGCCCACCACCACGGACCCGCACGCGCCCGAUCGGCCUGGCCUUCGACUCGAUGGACAUGCCGUCCUCCCUGCUGUCACCCUCUCUGGCCAACAAACCCGCCGCCUCGCUGGCCGCCGCGCAGCGCGCCGCGUUCGAGGCGUAUCCGCGACUCGAGCCGGCGUACGGGCGCACCGUGGAGCUGGACGCCACGCGGGGCAGGGACAUUGUAAGGGGUAUUGGGAUGCUGGGGAGUUUGAUGGCGCGGAAUAGGGUGAAGAGGGAUGUUCAAAGUCAGAGGUUUCAUGAGCGAGGUGGGUUGAAGAGGAAGAGGUUGGCGAGUGAGCGGUGGAGGGCUAGGUUCAGGAAGGGGUUUCAGGAGGUUACGGGGAGGGUGGUGGAGUUGACGAGGAAGGGGUGGUAGGUGGGGAUUGAGAUGGAGGAUGGGAGGGAUGGGAGAUGGGAAAGUGAAUCUUCGAGAGGAGACAGACGGAUGGCCCUGUACGAUUGGAGGGAGCGCUACAACAUAGCCUUGUACAAUCACACGUAUCAACAAAACCCCCGUACAACUGCGCAGUAAACAUGCACCUAGACAUCGGGGAUUCCUCACUACAAACCCCCCUCCCCGAACCUAGAACCAUACAUGCACUACACCCCCCCCCCCAUUCACACCACCUAAUCCUUCUUCCCCACCC